GAUGUUGUUAAUUAAGGACUUCUGGGAAUUGCAAAUUGAUUUAAAGGAGUGAUUAAGAUUAAUCCUGCUGCCAUUCCCCUGUCUGAUUUAGUUUCCUACAGGUGCCACUUAUUCUGAGGGCAGGCAGGAUAAGCAGAAUUCAUUUUCUUCAAAUCCUUCCUGUCUGAUUGUAUAUCUUCAGGGAAACCUAUAUCCUUAGUUUGUGUUCGUUGAAUGCAAUUAGAGCACCAUGAACUUCAAUAUUUAUUUGUGUCAUAACUGGAUCUUUUGAUCAAUACAGGUCCUCGAGGUGUCAUUAAAGUGAGUUCCAGAAGGCCGAAUCUGAUCUGGAUUACAUCCAGGCAAUGUUGGAGUUUGAGAUGAUGAAACGGCUCCCUAAUGGACUCUCUCAAGAGGAAAAUCCUCUGGUCCUUGUACAGCGGCUAUCAGUAGUGAAAUCUCGUUACAAAACUUUGUGUGAACAGCUAGAGAAGAUUUCGGCGGAGCGGCGAGAGUCCAUGCGUGCUAUCCGUGCCACUCUUGCUAAAACAGUGAAGCUGGUCCAGGAAAUACAGCACCACACUGGUACAGAGAUCUCUUCUCUGUCCGAAGAAGAACAGCUUGCAAUGCAGCACUUAAUGUGCCAGACUCCUGAAGCGAGAGAAGGUUUGACAGAACAGAACUGUCCAAUUCAACAUGAAAUCCACUGAUGCCUUGCUAAACAUUUCAGAAAGAAACAUUCCCGUUGAAGGUGAUGAACAAGGCCAUACCUUUUCAUGUAUAUUUUUUUACCUUUGGAUAUUGUUCCUGUGUUUGGUACACAACGUCCCAAAACAUUGUCAGAUGACCAAUGUGUAAGCGGUGCUGUUUUGAAUUACGUGCUGGUGUUGAUAUUGUAUCUCUAUUAAGAUUUAGAAUGGUUUACAAAAUUAUCAGCCAGUUACAUAAUCUGAAUACUUCUGCCCAAAGGGCAGUUUUUUGUUUGAACUAUUUGUGUGAGGAAUUCUGCCCUUCUAGUAUUUCCACAUUACUCAAGGCAGCUUUCAAUAAUUAAAUUUCUGACCGAACAGAACAUUCUGUAAAAAUUAAACUGUGUGGUUAUUUUAUUUUGCUUAGCUAGAGGCUGUACAAAACCAAUAAAAGAGACAGCAAUCCAUAAUUCCACAGUUGAUAAAAAGACUGCCUAGGGACCAACGAUGUGUAUGAACCAAUGACUCAGAGUCUAACUUUUUCCCAGAAAAUUAAUAAACUCUGGAUCCUCUUUCUCCUAAGAUGCACAGCAGAUAAUGCCUAGUGUCAAAAAUAUCUUGAUCCCUUAAAGAAAAUGUUCCAUAUUCUUAUUAAAAAAUAACUCUUUAUUAAGAAUUUCAAAUCACUACCAGGAUGCUUCAGGAAUAAUAGCAGUAAACUUCUUCUCUUAUCCUACAGACUUACAGAACAGGAAAACAUGCAUUGUUUUCUCUACUUCCCCAGAUUCAUAAAGGUACACAUGGGAUUCCCUAUUCAAAUUUUGGUAAUGUGAAUGUGGCCUUUUAGCUGUUGCAAAAUUAUGCUACUGACCAUCUUAACAUUCUGAUAGUCUUGUAAUUCAGUAGCGUUAAAACUCAGUCUCUGGAGUUGAAGCAAAGGAACAUAAACCAUGAGUUUUGAAAUGACUAAAAACUGUAAGAGAAGUCAAACCUUCCAGCUUCAAAUAAAAUAGGAUUAACCAAAAACGACUAUAAGCCAUAUGGUGGAAUAAGGUGAUAUCACUGUUGCUUCUGAAAGUACCGCGAAAAAUGCCCACAGAAAUCUGGAUUCAGCUCUUUCCUUGGUAACAAAAGCUCCUGAAACCCAAAUUGGGACAUUUAGUAAUGGAGCUCCAGCUUUUGCUUCAAGGGUUUGAACUGUUGAUAAAAAUAUCCCCUUUAAUAUGGGAAAAAAUGAGCAGUUGGCUAGACUUCCUAAUAGCAUACCUAGAUACAUCAAGCUGUAUAUCCACUCUAUAUAAUUAUUGCCCGUGCUCUACUUAAGCUCUCCUUACUUUUAAGGAAAAAAUAUACUCUGGUUUUGGUACAAUUAGUUGUGCAGUGUUAACUUGUAGAACACACCUCUAGAGCUCUUCCCUUCUUCAACCAAUCAAUGACACUGCAAGAAUGAUGGAAUCACCUGCAUAUUUAACAUCUAAAUGAAGCCACUUAGAGAAGUCAUCUUUUGGUUUGGUAUCAUCAGUAUGCAAAUGGUACCCAUCUGUACAUCACACUGCAAGUUGUCCUGGUGUCUUUCAGGGUCUAGUUGGAACAAAACGGUUGGAACUAAGUCCAAGCAAGUCACAGUCACUGAUUGUUCGUCAAGAUUCUUGGUCAGUCCCACUGUCGUUUCUUGAAGGGGAGGAACUGCCCUUGUCAGAGCAGAGGUGUGACUUGGGGCUCCUUCUGGACCGAUGACUCCUCCUGGAUGACCAUGGCCAGCAGGCCUUCACUCAGAUUUGGCUAAUGCACCAGUUGUGUCGCUACCUGGAGCACAAGAUCUUGUAGCAGUGACUCCUGUCCUCCUCACUGUAUGGUUCAACGACUGCAGUGCGCUUUGCAUGGGGCUGCCUUUGACGACCACACAGAAACUGCAGUUGGCACAAAGCGUAGCAGCCUGUUCACCAACAGGGGUAACUCACAAGGGGGAAAAUUAUACUUGUGCUACAGGUUCUGCUUUAGCUGAAGGUUUCUGGAUCCAGUUCAAAGUAUUGGUUUUGACCUAGAAAACCCUACAUGGCUUGGCACUUAGGUACGUGCAGAUUGCCUUCUCCAGCCAGAAUCAGCCCACCUAGUACGUUCAUCCUCAGGAAAGCUCUUGGCCAAGGCUAGAAAGCAUUGCUUUUCUGUUGCAGCCUCACCCUUAUGGAAUAGUCUUCCCUUAAAAGUGAGGCUAUGCUAGAUGUUAGUUCAGAGAGCCGUUCCAGAGGGAGAGUGAUGGUUAGCAUGUUGUCAUCAUCCUUUAUAAUUUAUUAGUUUGGCUAAUGAUUACUUUGUCAACAAAAGUUAUAAGUAUGAUUGUUAUUGUGACAUUAAUUAUUACACUGUUAAGAUAUUAUUGUGGGUGUUUUAACUGUUUUAUUGCUGGUUUAUUGGUUUAUUGCUGAUUAUUACUUGAAGCGGGUGCUUUAAUUGUUUAUGUAAACUGCAGGAGUCCAUGGCAGAUUUAAUGGUAUACAAAUGGAAUAAAUAAAUAAAAUAAUUAGGCUAAUAGA